UGCGCGAGGCAGCAGUGCCGCACACAGAUCAGUUUCAUUCUUUGUCAGUGGUGAAUAGGGGCGGAGGAAGCAAACUCAUUAGAAUCCUAUAAAAAGAAAGUAUCCGAGAUCAUAAAACACCCCGGCUGCAGGAGCGAGCGCGCACUCACAGCCAGACGGAGACAGAGUGGAGACCUCUUGUCAACUUUCUCCCAGACGCUCAGAGCAUCAGCACCGUUUUUUUUCCUUACAGAUUCACAGAUUCUAGUUGUUUCCCCCUUCCGCGCUUGGCUCCCUGUGUUUUUUUUUUUUUUUGUUCACGUAACUGUGUCGAUGGCACUCGUUCCUCUGAAUAUCUGAUUUUCUGGAGCACAAACUUGGCCUCAUCGCUCCUCUUUACUGCAGCCGGGCGAGCGUGACGCAUGGACACUGACAGGGCGCACACGUCCCAUUGAGAAACCCGAUUUCGGCGGCACAGUGUUAAAGGUUAUUUUAGUUUUUUUGUGUGUGCGUUUUGUAGUAUUUUUUUUUUCUUUUUUUGUUCUCAAGGAUGCUCCUCUCAACUUGGAAUAGAUGCUGUGCUGUGAUGUUUCUCGUCGCUACGCUGAAGACGGGGACAUCCCAGGUAUCAGAGGCGCGCCCGAAGGCGAACUCCAUCAAGCCUGUUCUGUCGGAAGAGACACCUACACCCGCUACAAACCGCUCCACCACCGCCCACAGCGGAGUCACCAAGAAAUAUAACAUCCUUACGCAGCAGGUGUAUCCAUGUAGCAACGAUAAGGAGUGCAGCGUGGGAAGCUACUGCCACAGCCCUCAGCAGGCCCCCUCGCGCUGCCUCACCUGCCGCAGGAGGAAGAAGCGCUGCCACCGAGAUGCCAUGUGCUGCCCUGGGAACCGCUGCAGUAACUAUAUUUGCAUCCCUAUCUCUGAGAGCGUGCUCUCGCCUCACAUAUCAGCUUUAGAUGAGCACAACAAACUCGCCACCAAAGAGCAAAGCUGGCGGAAGACUGGGAAGGCACACGCUAAGCAUUCUCUCAAAGGUCACGAGGGCGACCCUUGCCUGCGUUCAUCCGACUGCUCGGAGGGCUACUGCUGCGCCCGCCAUUUCUGGACCAAAAUCUGCAAGCCAGUGCUGCAGCAGGGAGAGGUGUGCACCAAGCAGAGGAAGAAAGGCUCUCACGGCUUGGAAAUCUUCCAGCGCUGCGACUGUGCCAAGGGCCUUUCCUGCAAGGUGUGGAAAGACGCCACCUCCUCGUCCAAGUCCAGGCUCCACAUGUGCCAGAAGAUCUGAAGCGGAGGCAGCUGCUAUCGGCGUAGAGGCCUCUGUGUCCAUCUGCCAGGGAAAGUUUUUGAAAGGAUGGGUUGUGGCUGCAUUGAAAGGAGUAAAAGACAGAGACUAACAAGAGACAGAACAGACUGUGUGGGUUCAAGCUCGCUAUUUGGCAAGCCGAGAGCAAACAGGAUUGCUUUAAUGUGUUUGCUGUGAGUGGUCCAUCCCCGAACCCACAUACAAACGCGCACCGUCACACACACAAGCAUUACACGCACCUCACGGGUCUGUGAGAUCAGUGAGCUCAUGGACAAACUUUCGACACAUUCUCAUGACAUUCAGGGAGCCAUGGAGUUAGCCAGUUGAUGCUGAUUGGUGUGGACAAUUUUGUAAUGGAGACGACAGAUGUAGCAGUCUUCCAUCAAGCUUCAACUUAUAAUAAUAAUAAUAAUAAUAAUAAGACAAGUAGACCAUUUACGGACAAGCCAUAUUUUUACUGCUCAGUACAAUCUUUACCAAACUCCAGUGUCGAGGAUCAGAUGUGGGACAUCCUGUGUUUCAUUACUGAAUCUGGUGUUCCGUCUGUUUUGUCAAAUUUCAAUGUCUCCCUUUUUACAUGCUGUUUGUCUUUAAGUCUUGAAGAAUUCAGCCGUCACUAUGCAAGACUUUUACAACAUGAGCUGCAUCCAGACCCACCGAAUACCAGUCAUAUCAUACGAGGGAACUAAUUGCGUACACUGUUUACACCAGAGCUUUACUCCAGCGCUCCAGCAGCAUCCUGAGUCUUCUAUGCGACGCGCGGUACUCUUAAACCAAAGAAUGCAAGAACAUUUACAUCAGAGUGAUGAGUUUCAUCUGGGACAUUAGCUCCUCGCCCCCGAUUUCUAGCCACAAGAAGAGAGAUAAUGUAUUGUGUCCGCCGCGGAAACCUCGUUUGAUCUGUCAGAUACAGCUGCAGUCCAUUGCGAUACAACCGUGUGGGUUAAAAACUGUGUGCGGAGGUAGUGCUCCGCGGCAGACUUAGUGGUUCCGAUACCAGACAGAGAAUGGUUCUGCUUUUCCAAUCACAUGAACGGGAUUCAAGGAUCCGAUUGGGAGUGCAGUUUUUUUUUCUUUUUUUUCCAUUUGCGAAGCCAGUAGGAAUGGAGACGCGAGGAGAGUGAUUAGAGUUGCAAAAAAUGCUCCAUAAACCUAAAGAGGAUCAAAGAGAGACGGCGUUUGAAUCGAAACAUUUUUGUGUGCCGGCGCUCGGCCCCGUUUAUUUUCCUGUUUUUUCAGACACGACUGCAUUCUUUUCUUCUCAUGAAACACAAUAGAGUCCUGUUGUUCUGGAGGUGAAGCAAUGCUUUUUACCUAUAGUCAAUAUAUUAUCACAUUUGCCUCUUUUUUGCUUUAAUGUUUUCUUUAGAGCAUCAACCACACAUAUUUUGUAACCAUUUAAAAAUAUCAAUAAGCUCUUAUAUUGUAAAUAGAUCGGAAGCAAUGAAAAUGUAUUUAAGAAUCAGUGUAUAUCAUGUACAUAUAAUUAAAAAAUAUGAAUCUUAAAACGUAACAGCAGAAUGAUCUAGGUGAGAAGAGUAACGAGGGACAGUUUGGAUAGAUUCGGAAUAGUUUAGGCAAAAGGGAGAGGGAUAGAUUGGAGUGAUAUUACAGACUGGAUGCGUCGAGAAAAGGGAAUUACAAAAGAAGAGACAAGCACAUUAAUUUCCAAAAUAGUUUGUGUAAAUGGUGUGUAAAUGGUGUCAAGAUUUAUAUCCUACUAAAUAUUGUUUGUGUUGAUACUUUGCAUUGAUUUGUGUGUGUAUUUACAAUGAUGAAUGAAUAAAAGAAUGUAUUUUGUA